GCAAGACGGGGUUGUAGUUCACAGCAGCGUUUGGUAGUCGGCAGUGAGGGAGUCUGUUCUGUACCCUUGUGUUAGGAAUUAACUGUUGCUUUUAAAUAUGGCCGGUGGAAAGGCAGGCAAAGACUCCGGAAAGACCAAGACGAAAGCUAUUUCGCGCUCGCAGCGAGCGGGACUGCAGUUCCCCGUGGGUCGUAUCCACAGACACCUUAAGUCCAGAACCACCAGCCACGGCAGAGUGGGAGCCACUGCAGCCGUGUACAGCGCAGCUAUUCUCGAAUACCUCACGGCCGAGGUUCUUGAGUUGGCAGGAAAUGCAUCAAAGGAUCUUAAGGUGAAGCGUAUAACCCCACGCCACUUGCAGCUUGCCAUUAGAGGAGAUGAAGAGCUGGAUUCACUUAUCAAGGCCACUAUUGCUGGUGGAGGUGUUAUUCCUCACAUCCACAAGUCUCUGAUUGGAAAGAAGGGCCAGCAGAAGACUGUAUAACCUGAAGUGCUCCGCACGUCUGCAUCAAGUGAUUAAAUGUCUUAGAUUAGAACACCUUUUAGGAAUGAUUUGUAUUGAGCUUGCAUUUACUCACCUGGGGUAUUUUUUAAAAGUGGCUUCAGAGAAGCUCAUUUUUUGUGUUACUGUUCUUUGUUUUCAGGUGCUGCAGUUUUUGUGUUGAAACAUGCUUUUUGUGGCGUUCCCAUGUUGAAAGUGGUGUUUUAAUAAAGCUCUGUUUGGGCAUUUGCAGUUCUUUUAGUUCUUGCACUUUCA